AUGGAAGAUAAGCGGAAAAGACGAGCCGCUACACUUAGUACAGCAUUGAUAUUAUUUGUGGCAUGCUGCGUUUAUACACUAUAUAUAUUCAAGUUUGAUAACCCUCGGUUGUCUCCACCAGUUUCCUUAUUGCCUACAAUUAGCACCUUGAAGAAAAUUGAGCAUGUAACAGAUUUAAAUAAGGAGUACGUUUUUGUUGGUGACGUUCAUGGUAACUAUGAUGAGUUCAUAGAACUCAUUGAUGACAAGAUUGGAGGACUAGGAGAAAAUAUAACAAUGAUAUUGCUGGGUGACUUUAUUCACAAGGGCCCGGACUCAGACAAGGUCGUGUCGUAUAUUCUAAAUCACAAGGAUCAAGUCAAGUGCGUUUUGGGCAAUCAUGAAAUAUUGGUCAUGAUGGCCUAUUUAAACCCAGACUUCUCGAAAUGGGUAAGACGCCCCAAAUUAAUGACACCUUUAACUUUCAGUACGGAGACUAAUUUCAUACCACAAGACAUCUCUAAAAUCAGCAACGCACAUGGACGGUUAGCUCGCGAACUUGGGUUUUCCAAAUUAAGUCAGCUAGCGGAACAUUGUUCUAUGGCCAUAGAACUAGAUCUGGAUAUUACCGGUGAUAUACUCUUUGGUGCACAUGCAGGGAUGGUUCCGGGAGACUUCAUGAAGCCCAACCAAAUUCCGGGCGUGAGCUCUCUGUCAAACAUGAAGUACGUUGAUAAGAAGAACUGGUCAAAAACAUCACGUGAAAAGGAAAACAAGAAUUAUGUGAGAUGGUACACACUGUGGGACAAAUACGGAGACCACUUUAGUAACGCCAAAGUAUUUUACGGGCACGAUGCAUCCAUGGGACUAAACCUACGGAGACAGACCAAAGGUUUGGACACAGCAUGUAUAAAGAACAAUCUGCUUUCAUCUAUGAAAGUGAAGUACGAUAUUAAGAAGGGGCAAUAUGACUAUGAAUUAAUUCAAGUACAAUGCUCUUAA